UCGUCGGUUGAUUAAAAUGGGGUUCUUCGUAAGCUCAUGUUUAUCCUUUGAAAAUGUGUUUCAGACAUUAAAAACGUCACUAUUUUGCUUUUCCGUACACUCUUCGACCUUGUUCUCUUGUCAAAGUACGGCACUGUACUCCUCUAUAAGUUUGCAUCUCUUUUGUACUGUAUUAUGUAGUUUUGUUGCUUUGGUUUUGCUGUGGAAGCGAAAAAGAAGAAAAAGGAAAAAAAAAAAAAAAAAGAAAACUAGCAACGGCUAUGAGUUUCCUCAGCUUAGAAGCUCGGUAUCUUAGUUCCUGCAAGAAGCAUAAGGUGCUACCUAACUCAGCCGUACAAUCAUGGUUUUCUAAGGUCAAGAUUGACAGACAGCAGAAUGAGAAGUUUAGUGUGGCUGUUUUACUGGCCCAGCUAAAGGAUGAUGAUAUUUCUCCACUAGUAGAUGUCCUAAUGGACAGUGGAAGCUCUGGGAUUGAAGCAGUCGAUGUACUUCAUGAAUCACAUUGCGUCUUGAGCGAUGAAUGCCUUGUGGCCUUGACACGUUCAAUUGAUUCGAAGCUCCGAGUUGUCGAUCUCCAUGACAUCUCAUCGAGGAAGGAGCUUUUGCGUGAUCUAUGCCGGGGUGGCUUGGCUUGCCAAGUACUUAACUUAAGGUCUAAUCAAAUCCAAAAGCUCAACAUGGCUGGAAGAUUUAUGAGGCUACACACCCUCAAUCUGGAUUUUUGCACUUCACUCACUAGUUUGCAGCAUGACUGCUUCUCUUGCAUGCCGAGUUUGUUGCGUCUCUCGAUGUGUGAGACAAGAAUCACCAAUCUCUGGACUACUUCUGCCGCGUUAUUGAAGCUUCCUUCGUUGAGGGAACUGCGUUUCCAGAAUUGCUUGUGUUGCAAGGACACUGGCCCGUGUCCAUCAUAUCGCGAGAGAACUACUUUGGAAAUAGAUCUAUGGGAACUAUCCAUAGCUCUGCCUGAUCUGGACGCUAGGGAAAAUUUGAAAUAUGAGAUUCAAGAAAAAGAUGAAUUUCUUAUGAAUGCGACAUUAAGGAGGUAUAGAUCCCACCAUCCUUCACCCAUAUGCUUUGAGAAAUAUUAUAGGGAAUACGUGGUUGCUUCGUUGCCUCUUCUAGAGGUUUUAGAUAACUUGCCUGUUACUAAGAUUGAUAGAGUAACGGCGAAGACUAUCUACCGGAAAAACUUUGAGUACUUGCCUUACAAAAGACAGCAGAAAGAAAGUAUUGUCAGUCUUUUGCAUAAGCGCGAAAUGGGAUCAAGUAAGAUGUAUUUUCAGAAAAAACCGAGGCCAAAACAUUUGGACCCUUACCAUGCUAAUCUGCUGUAUUUCUCGCGGUCUCUUUGUGCUGCCAAGUUGGGGUCUUCUGAAUGGCCACUCUUGCAUCCAGUAUCCAACUUUAGCAGAAAAUUUAAAGAGGAAGGUAAAAGGCCUCGUCCAAGGCAAUUUGAGUACCAUCCAUUAGACCCUAGUCUUAUGGUUUUUGGAACCCUUGGCGGUGAAGUCGUCGUUAUCAACCAUGAAAAUGGGAAUACUGUUAGUUAUAUCCCAUCCGUGGGAGCAAUGAGUAGUGUUUUGGGGCUCUGUUGGCUUAAGAAGUAUCCAUCAAAGCUUAUUGCAGGCUCUUGCAAUGGUUCCUUGAGACUGUUGGACAUCAAUCAAACCCUACCAAAACGCUCAGACUCCUGUUGCGGCCCAGCAGAUUUCGCUUUCGAAAGUUUCGAGCAGUUGACUUCUCUUCAUGUCAACUCAACAGAUGAGAAGCUCCUUGCUAGUGGCUACUCAAAGGACGUUGCGCUAUAUGACCUUGGCACGGGAAAACGCUUACAAUUGUUCGCUAAUAUUCAUCGCGAGCCCAUCAACGUUGCCAAAUUUGCUUCCCAUUCACCUUUUAUAUUUGCUACCUCUUCCUUUGACCAUGAUGUGAAGAUGUGGGAUUUGAGACAGAACCCAUUGCAACCUUGCUUUACAGCUUCAAGCUCAAGAGGAAAUGUCACGGUUUGCUUUUCUCCUGACGACCUCUACUUGCUAGUUUCAGCUAUUGACAAUGAGGUUAAGCAACUAUCAGCAGCAGAUGGGAGGCUGAUAAUGAACCUUGAGAUAGCUUCAACAGGAAGUGCUCAUAACUAUACUCGUUCACAUUACAUGAAUGGAAGGGAUUACAUCAUUAGUGGGAGUUGGGAUGAACAUGUUGUCCGAAUCUUCUGUGCUCAAUCUGGAAAGCGACUCAGGGAUGUCUAUUUGGAGGAUUUGGAUUCGGGAGAUCCAAUGUUUGUACAGUCAUUAAGGAGCGAUCCAUUCAGAGAUUUCAACAUGAGCGUCUUGGCAGCCUCUAUGCGACGAAGCUCAAAGUGGGAGAUCAUCAAGGUCAAUUUGCUUGCUUCAAGUGCCCAAUACGCCGAAGAAUGUUCAUAUGGCCAAUUUUUCUCUACUUCCGAUAGUCUAGGUGGUUGAUGUAUAUGUUAUAUACACAGAUAACAGAGCGUGUACAUAUAUAUCUAUUGUAGUUAUUGGAUUUUGUCUGUUUUGUGUGCAUAUAGUGCAAGAUAUGGAAAUUUGUGUUUAAUAUUUGAGAUUGAAAUGUCUGUCCUGA